CAGACUACACAUGUAACCUGGAUACCUCCCUCAAGUUAUGUAGAGUCAGGUGUACUUACGCAACUUUCCCUAUAAGAUAGAACAAAAGUGAUGAAAGUGAAGUGAUGGCGGAAAAGACAGAAGUACCGGGGAUGGAACCGCCCCCGCUUCCCAUGGAUCCUCCCCCGACUGAGGAAAGAAGGAAAUCAUUGUCCUUCAGUACCUCCUGGUCGUCGCAACCCCCAGCGAGGAAAUACAGUUUAAACGACGCCCCAGGACAUUUCCAGGGGAUUAAGAAUGAAAAGCCGCAGGACACGCAGGAUAACGCGAAGGAAGAAUCGAAAAGCGACAAACCAGAUGAAAGCCUUCGGAAGGGAAUCGUGUUUGUCCAUAAAGAUCCUAAACCGGUGCCGAAAAAUGUCGAGAAAACGAAAAAAGUGAAUGAAACACCGGCUGGCACUUCCUCUAUGCCACCGACCCCUAAUACGGCGAUGAAGAUGUCCUGUAUGGAAGAGGAAGCGAUCCGGGAGCGUUUAAGGACCGUUCUUCUGCGACAAACUGCGGAGAUUCUGGAGGUGGAAGGAGUUGGUGUUAAAUUUACCAAGGAUACGUUCAGGAGGACUUUCCUAAAUAAGGAAAUCUUGUCUCGACUUUUUCAACUUUUUGACCAGGACCGAGACAACCAAUUGGUGCAGGAGGAAUGGAUCGAAUUCCUGAAAGAACGACUUACAGACGAGAAGCAGAUAGACCUUGCGGAACAACUGGAGAGCGUCGCCUACGUACUGUGUGGAGAAGAACACAUCUCGUUGGACAAGUUCUGUCAGAUCUUCCAAGCCAAAGGGAUUGUAGACAAGCUGUUUCGCCUGAUAGAUGUAGACUCCGAUGGUAUCGUCACACCACCACAAAUCAUGGAGUUUUUGGCAACCCUUACAAACACCAGACCAAGAACCGGAUUUGACAAGAAGAAUCUAGAAUGGCUGGAGCAACUGUUUCGUCAGACAGUAGGCAAUCAAGAGGAAAUCCAAAAGGAAGCCUUCCAAAAAAUUCUUAUCACUAAAAAUACAUUUUUCACAGAAAGAGUCUUCCAGAUUUUCGACACAGACGACUCUGGAUCAAUAUCCAUGCAGGAGUUCCUGCAAGUCUUGCAUCAGUUUGCUGGAAACUCUCCGGAUGAUAAAAUUAGAUUUUUGUUUAAAGUUUAUGAUCUUGACGGUGAUGGCUUGAUCCAACCAGAAGAACUUCAGCAUGUUAUCAAGGCUUGUAUGGAAGAGAACGAUUUACGAUUCAGCGCAGAACAAAUCGACGACCUCACAAUGGCUCUGUUUGAAGACGCAGAUGCUGAAAACCGAGGUGCCAUCACGUACGAAGCUAUGAAAAAUCAGAUGGAAAAACAUGGUGGACUGCUUGAAAACCUAUCUAUUAGUAUUGAUAGAUGGCUCGUCCCCCCUAAGCCAAAACCUCCACCAGCUUCAAUAUUUGGGAAGAUUAGCGCACUGAAGCCUUAUCAACUUUCUCUUCCUUAUUUAAAAAACAACUACGUUUACCUUAGUUUCCUCACUAUUUUUCUAUUAGUUAAUGUAGGACUUUUUGUAUCAAGAUCUUAUCAAUAUCGACACUCCAGUAUACUUGUCAUCCUUGCCAGAGCAUGUGGUCAAUGUCUGAACUUCAAUUGCAUGUUUGUACUCGUGCUGAUGUUACGACACAGCAUCACUUUUCUCAGGACUCGUGGCUUCAGCAGUUUUCUCCCCCUUGAUCAGCACAUCUACUUCCACAAACUUACAGGAGUGCUCAUCUUCUUCUACAGCAUCACACACACCAUCAUGCAUCUACUUAACUUCUCCCUGGAUGUAGUACACAACCCAGUAGUCAAUGCCAACAAUUACACACUCAGUGAGUGGCUGUUCACCACCAAGCCUGGCGUGUUUGGACUCAUCGACGGUGUUGCCAACCCGACAGGUGUAGUUCUCAUCUGCAUCUUGGUGGUUAUGUUCAUCUGUUCUCAGACUUUCGUUAGGAGAGGAGGUUGCUUUGAGAUUUUCUAUUGGACCCACUUGCUCUACGUUCCAUUCUGGAUUCUGCUGAUUCUGCACGGACCCAACUUCUGGAAGUGGUACAUCAUCCCUGGGAUCAUCUACCUGAUUGAGAGAGUGCUCAGGUUCAUUUGGAUGAGAUCGGAACGUGGCAAGACAUACAUCAGUUCCGGACUGUUGUUGCCUUCCAGAGUUACUCAUCUUGUCAUCAAACGACCUCCGCAGUUCGACUAUCACCCAGGAGACUACGUGUUUGUCAACAUUCCCAUGAUUGCCAAGUACGAGUGGCAUCCGUUCACCAUCAGCUCAGCUCCUGAACAAGAAGGUUACAUGUGGCUUCAUAUCCGUGGAGUAGGUGAGUGGACCAAUAGACUUCACAACUACUUUGAGAAAGAACAAGAGAAACUUCACAACAUUGAGCAGCAACUUCCCGGAACUCCAAAGAUAAUUCCAGCGACUCCAACAGGCAAUGGGUCUACUGUACCUGGAUCUACCCCAGCAUUUAAGCGGAUCCAAGCAUCAAUCACUCGAAAGUUCUCUGGAAGAGACAUUCUUGGCAAUGCCCGAGGCAAGAUGGUUGUGUUCAAGCGGGAACAGUCUGGUUAUGCCAACGAAGGCUUCAGCAGUGAGGACAUCCACGGCUCCAUUGAUAGUACAAUGUCUGCUCCUGACCCCAACUCUGUAAAUGAUUUGGCUGCUUUGACGGGAAAGAAAGGUCCUCAAAGUCAAAAUCUGCACAAGAUGCUUCUUCUCAACAAAAGCCCGCUCUCAAAGUCGCUAUCCAUGCCUGACAUGGACAAUAGAGUCAAAAAGAGACAAAGACUUUUAGCAUUAAGAGACUUCAUGAGGUCUGAGUCGGAGAAGAGUUUUGACGAGUGUCAGAUAAGAAAAGCAAGAUUACAGAGUCUGGGAUUGGCCUACCUUAGUCCGCAGAACAAGUCUCUGGCGCAGAGUUUCCGCUACAUGCGCAACAAACCGACCAUCAUAGCCUUCAAGACACCCAGCCUGGAGAGCUGCGAGGCAAAGAUGUCUGCCCUUAGCAUCCUAGGAGGACAGAGUGGAAUACUGGGUAGUUCCCCGGAGAGGUUGGCAGAAGAAGGUAGAGCCUCGCCUAAUGAAGCAGCGAGUUCUAGCGGCUCACCUCGUCCUCAGAUCAACUAUCCAGUCGGCAAACCUCUCGAGAUCUACCUGGACGGUCCGUAUGGUGCUCCGUCCAGCCACAUAUUCCGAGCGCAGCAUGCUGUCCUGAUUGCCACUGGUAUAGGUGUUACCCCCUUUGCGUCAAUCCUACAGUCCAUCAUGCACCGCUACUGGAAGGCCCGGCAUAGCUGUCCCAGCUGCAAACAUACCUGGGUUAGCGAAAUUCCCCCAACAAUCAUGCACCUCAGAAAGGUUGACUUCUUCUGGAUCAACCGUGACCAGAGAUCGUUUGAAUGGUUCGUCAACCUCCUGUCCCAGUUGGAGAUUGAGCAAGCCGAGCUGGGAGGUGCAAUGGAGAGGUUCCUGGAGAUGCACAUGUACAUUACCUCGGCACUUCAGAAAACUGACAUGAAGGCUGUGGGGCUGCAACUGGCUUUGGAUCUGAUGCACGAGAAGGAAAAAAGAGAUUUGAUAACUGGCCUAAAAACAAGAACCAACGCCGGCCGACCCAACUGGGACAAAGUCUUCAAACAACUGUUGGAUCAGAAAAAGGGAAAAGUUACUGUGUUUUACUGUGGCCCGCCUCAAUUAGCAAGAAUCUUGAGGCUGAAAUGUGACCAGUUUGGAUUUAGUUUCAGAAAAGAAGUCUUUUAGUUAAAAAACUUCCAAAAUGUGUUAAACACAGUUCUGUUAAACCUCGAUGAAUCACCAACUGCAUACUGAAAGAAAUACCUAAAACAUGUUACCAAUCUUCGUGUAAAUACUUGUCUCUUUUUCUGCAAUGUGAACAUAUUUUAAAUAUUGUAACAUUUGUAUAUUUUAUUUGUAACUAGACUAUAAUCUUUUUAUCAUCCGGAGUUUUAUUUAUAGACAUUUCAUGGUUUCAUUAUUUAUUAAUUCAGUUACCUAUAUAAGAAAUGCAUGUUACCUGAAUCAAAGUUUGUCGAUAAUGCAUGUAAAUAAUAAUGAAUGUUAAAAAUGAAUGUCAAUGAGUGUUACCAAAAUUAUAAGCAUAU